AAAAGUCUCUAGUCUUGACUUGAUCCAAGCCGAGCCGUUCUAGAAAAGCUUGUGUGGUGUUGUCCCAAGCACAUCGUUGCCUUUUCUUCCAAUGCAGAAUUGAAUAUUCAUAUUUUUUUCUCUCACUAUGUCUCCACCUCUCUAGACUGCAAUUCUAAACUCUCCAUUUUUCUUAUCGAAACAACCUACCAUCUAAACUCAUCCAUGGCUCUUCUGUUAUAUCUCAACCUUUUCUAGCUUCUUCUGCUUUUGUAUUUUUUUUUUGACCUUUGAUAGUCUUAUCGAGAGGAGAACAGAAAAGAAGAGAAGAAGCUUUGAUUGAUGGGUAUUUUUCCUAGCCAAAGAGGGUCAAGAACAGAGACGACCCAGGAUGGGUUACCUGUCUCUAAUGGGGUUUCUACGGCGAACAGGAAGAAGUGGUCCAAUUUCCUCCCUCUUUUUGUCGCCCUUGUUGUUAUAUCAGAGAUCGCCUUCUUGGGUCGUCUCGACAUGGCCAAGAACGUUGCUCGGGUGGAUUCCUGGGCCGACUUGUUCUCUCUGGCUCCGCCUGCUCAUGAAGCAAGGUUUGAGAUCGAGGGCUCUGGUCUGGAUUUGCUACACCCCGAUCGGAGUUUGGACUUAGAGGGUUGUGAGGCCUGGCUCGAAAGAGAAGAUGCCGUUGACUAUUCCAGGGAUUUUUCAAAGCAACCUGUUUUGGUUUCCGGUGGCGAGCAGGACUGGAACUCAUGCAAUGUAGGAUGUCAUUUUGGAUUUGAUUCUAGUAUGAAACCUGAUGCUGCUUUUGGUACACCUCAAGAAGCUGGAACAGCUAGUGUUCUACGAUCUAUGGAAUCUGCUCAAUACUAUUCAGAGAAUGAUCUUGAUCAGGCACGACGGAAGGGAUAUAAUAUUGUUAUGACAACUAGUCUCUCAUCAGAUGUUCCUGUUGGAUACUUUUCCUGGGCUGAGUAUGAUAUCAUGGCACCAGUGAAACCAAAGACUGAGAAGGCCCUUGCAGCCGCAUUUAUUUCCAAUUGUGGUGCUCGCAACUUCCGGUUGCAAGCUCUUGAAACCCUUGAAAAGUUAGAUAUGGCAAUAGAUUCUUAUGGGGGCUGCCAUAGAAACCGUGAUGGAAGAGUGGACAAAGUAGAAACUCUGAGGCGCUACAAAUUUAGUUUUGCUUUUGAGAAUUCCAAUGAGGAGGAUUAUGUUACAGAGAAAUUUUUUCAAUCUCUUGUCGCUGGGUCUGUGCCGGUUGUAAUUGGUGCUCCAAAUAUUCAAGAUUUUGCUCCUGCUCCUGGUUCAAUAUUGCAUAUUAAGGAGCUUAGUGAUGUGGAGUCGGUUGCAAAGAGUAUGAAAUUCCUUUCACAAAAUCCUGAAGCAUAUAAUCAGACCCUGAGGUGGAAAUAUGAAGGUCCAUCUGAUUCUUUCAAGGCCCUUGUUGAUAUGGCAGCAGUUCAUUCAUCAUGCCGACUUUGCAUUCACCUGGCAACAAAAAUUCGAGAAGAAGAAGAAAAGGGCCCAAGGUUCAAGAGACGACCUUGCAAGUGCACCAGAGGAUCAGAAACUGUGUAUCACUUGUAUGUACGAGAAAGAGGAAGGUUCGAGAUGGAAUCUGUCUUCUUAAGGGCUGGGAAUUUGACUUUGGAGGCCUUGGAAUCUGCAGUGCUCACAAAGUUUUACUCUCUAAAGCAUGUUCCGGUUUGGAAACAGGAAAGACCCAAAAUCUUAAGAGGAGGAAAUAAACUUAAAGUAUACAGAAUACAUCCUGUUGGUAUGACGCAGAGGCAAGCUUUGUAUACCUUCAAGUUUAAAGGAGAUGCCGAUUUCAAAAGUUAUGUGGAAAACAAACCUUGCGCCAAGUUUGAAGUAAUCUUUGUCUAGGAUUGACUAGUCUCUGCAUUUUUGCUUAAAACUUUGAGCAUUUUUCAGAUGCUGAUUUUUCAGCAGUUGUCUACUAAACUUGUAGCAGAGUAGUGAGUGAUUUUUUCUUGUUUUGACCCACUUUGUAACACACGUUUGUUCCCUCUGAUCAGACUCGUAAAAUUUUAGUGAAGUAAAAUUAUUUAUGAGAAUAAACCCGUUGAUGUAUUUU